AGUUUCGUUUGGGCGAACUCGUGUAUUUAGUAGUUUCGCCGGUUGGUUUCGGCUGUCUGCAUAGUUGUCUCUUAUGCUUGUGUCCCCCUGCUCCUGCUAACCUUGUUGGCUGCUGUUUGGUGUGCAGAGAUGAUUGUGCGCGUGCGUAAAGAACGCACGCAGCCUACAGCCGCUCGGGGCAAAAGUUGAACGAUGCGUGAUGCACCCCCAAGUUGCCCGUCUCAUGGGCCGGCUGAUGUAAUCAAGAGCAACACUACCUGAAUGGCAUUUUUGUUUUUAAUUUUUUUAUUGUUGGCUUCAAGGUUCAAGGACACUUUUCGCUGGCGGUAGACGCAGGCAUUUCCUCAUGCAUGUUGCAACGUUAUAGGGAAACCUGAGUUAAUUCCGCUCAUUCUGGUACGUACGUCACUCCGCGCAGUGACCGUAUUCGUCAGUUAAUUUCGGCCGCUCGAACUUGUGACCUGCCCAUGUCGGGCUCGCCUCAUUUUAACAAAAAUCAAAGUCGGGAGAACCUGUCUGCUUUUCAACAUGUUUCAAAUAAUAACUGCUUUGAGGUCCACAAGGCACCUGCGGUGGGUGCCUUUCAGGUGCCGAGGUAUUAGUCGGUGCCGCACUGCCACCGAUGAGGUCCCAGUUGUGGAGCGCGAGUUCCACGAACUGCAGAUCCCCAUUCCGUAUGGGCACUUAGCUGCUAAGCAGUGGUUGCCCAUGUGUGUUGAGGACCCACACCAACGCGUUCUCCUGCUGCAUGGUUUCCAAGACAAUGCUGGGAGCUUUGACCCCCUUGUACCAAGGCUUGACCCUCGAUGGCAUGCUGUGGCUCUUGACUUCACGGGCCAUGGCUUAUCUUCACAUUUACCCAAAGGGGCACCGUAUCUUUCGAUGCAGUUUUUGCUCGAUAUAUCACGUGCAGUAAACCACCUUGGCUGGAGUCAGUUCUCUAUGAUCGGACACAGCAUGGGAGGCGGUGCAGCCCUGAACUAUGCCUGCAUCUUUCCUGAGAGGGUGCAAAAUUUGGUGUUGAUCGACGUCUUUGCCCCUUGGUAUGAGCAACCAAGCAAAGUUUCACAAACCAUUAGAGCAGUGUUGGAGGGCAACAUGCAACUUGAACAGAAGGAUCUCAGCAGGCCACCUGUCUACACAGAAGAAGAAGUGAUAAAGCUUUACAGGCACAGCAUAGUUCCGGGCUACCUUCCUGACAACAUUAGAACAUUGAUGAAACGUGGUUGCAAGCCUGUUGGGGAUGGUCGUUAUAUCCUGACCAAAGACAUCCGGCUUAAAUACAUCCACUGGAUUCGGGCUGACCGUGCUGCUCUGAAAGAGUACUACCGUGGCUACACCAACAACCUCCUAGUAGUGAUGGCUGUUCCUGGCCUAGGGGGCUUGCCUGCAAAUCACAAGAUAGUGUCUGACAUCUGUGCACAAAACUGCCGUACGUUUCAGAUCGUUGAAGUAGAGGGCAAUCACCAUGUGCACAUGACUCAUCCAGAUGAAGUGGCUAGUCACAUACGCCGUUUUUGUAAAUCCACACUUAUGUGAUAAUACAUUAACCUAAAUUUUC